AUGGCGGAUAGACUCACUCAGUUACAAGAUGCAGUGAACCAAGUAAGUGAUUUUUCAAUUGUUCAUCACUUUUCAAGAAUUUUCAAGGAACAAGCAGACCAUUUCUGUAACAGUGUUGGUGUAAUUCAGCAGUGUGCUCCAAGCAGCCCGUUUCCAGGGUUUGAGAGAUCAGGAGGAAAGGGGUCCCCUCCACAACAAGAAGAUUAUGCAUUGUUAUUUGCUAAAUUAAUCGCAAGAACAGCAAAAGAUAUUGAUGUUUUGAUUGACUCCCUUCCAAGUGAAGAAUCUUCUCUUGAGUUGCAGUUGGCAAGUUUAAAGAAAUUAGAACAGGAGAAUCAGGAAGCAGCUAGGAAGUUAGAGGAUAUCGUCAACCAUGGUGAACGUUUACUAGAACAGAUACAAGCUGCUUUACAUGACAUCGCCCAAUCUCAACUCAACUGUCAGGCUAGAGUGUCUGAUCCAGAUUCUUAACAUCGAAAUGAAUUCAGUCCAAAAAAACAUUAGUCCACAAAGGAAGAAUGAAGGAAUUCUAAUGGUUGACGGUGUCAUCAAAGGGAUGAAUGUUCAAGAAUGCUGUCUUUAGACCCUAACUGUAGUGGCAACUAAAAAACUGAACAAAAGUCAAAUUAGACGGGGAGUGUGUAAUAAUUGUUAUAAUGUAUUCCAAUUAUCUUGAGAAACUUUGGGGCUAGGAAGAUGUCCUUCCUUUCAAGACCAAGACCUGUUAUUUUUAAAAGGGUGGAAAAUUGCCUGAUCUCCCCUCCAAAGAAAGGCCACUGCCUAAGUAAGCCCAAUUCUAUAAAAUUCUUGGAAGCGGAGAUUAUAUGUGAAUUUCCUUACAUUCUAAAUCCAAUUCAUUGACUGAUAAAAAAAAUGGAAGGAUUUGUAUUUUAAUAUUUACUUCAUCUAUCAUUGUCUUGUUAGCAUUGUAAAAUAAACAUAUUUUCAUCAUCUAG